AUGGCAAAUACACACGAGCAACAAGACAUGGAUUGCCAACCUUUCCAUCACCCAACAUGGCGAACAUCACAUGGCCUUGGCAGUCUGCGCGGCCGCCUCCAGCAUCUGCCCGCAGAAGUGCUCCUCGACAUCGUGGAGCAGAUUCUCGAGCCCAAGAGCAAACCCGUGCUGCUGUCUCCCCCGCCGCCGCCACCCAUGCCGACGCUGGUAUUCCCGGGACUACCAGCACCAACACCAAGGGCAGUUUCACCACCACCACCACCACCACCAAGCAACACCUACAAACCAAACAUGCCAGCCCUCGCAACCCUCUUCUACCUCGGCACCCUCAACGACAGACUCCGGGACCUUGUAACACCCAUCAUCCAAGACUACGAGCGUAAAUCCUCGGCAAGCACAAGCACAGGCACAAGUAAAGAUUCAAGCGGUUUCUACUCAUACGUCCUCAUCUACUCGGCAAGGAAAGGGUUUUACGAUGGUGUCAUCGCAGCACUAGAUCACGGCGCCGAUAUCAACGCCAACAACGGCAUCGACGCAUCCCUCGCCGCCGACAACAUCGAAAUCUCUGGGGGCCCUACGCCGACGGGUUCGCAAUUGACUGCCCUCCACUGGGCGGCUUUCAACCGCGACCUCACCAUCCUCCGGCUCUUACUAGACCGCGGCGUCGCACGGCGAACCGCUUCAAAAACGGCCGCACCCCAGCCCAGGGCCGAUCUCGGCCCCUGA